CGUGCAGCUCAGCCAAAUACACAUGAUGACCAACAACAACACCACCAGCCUCAGCAACAGCAAUUCAAACAACAAGCUACCAAAUGGUAAGCCACCACCACCGCCACCACACGCGCAUGCGCUCUCCUCGUUGCCACGCUUUGGCAGCACCACAAGCAGCACACGUCGUGAACCGUCAGCCAGCGUCAGCGCCGAAAGCUCACUUUCAAAUGAGCCACCCUACAGCCAGCAACUUGCCAAUCAGAAUGGACAACGCGCCACCACCAACGCCGAUCGUUACAUACGCCUCACACAGGAUCAUUUCAAUCACAACAAUGGCCCCUACGGCAGCAUUGGCAGCGGCGGAAAACAUGGCAAUCAUGCCAAUACGCUAGGCGCUGAACGUUCGCCACGUGAAAGUGAAAGUAACUACAUACACAAUAAUUCACAUUAUUCGCUGCCGUUGGAUCAUGCGCUCACAGCUAUUACACCAACGCCACCGCCACCACCACCGCCAGCGUUGCCCAUGCGCAAUGGACAGCUAAUUAAUAACAACAGCAACGGCACUGGCGCACAGCGGCAAGCAGCAUACAAUAACAACAGCUGCAGUAAUGGUUAUGCUACGAUAGGUGGAGGAGGCGGCAGCAAUCAUUUUGGCGGCGGUGGUGGUGGUGGUGUUGUGGCAAUUGGAGUUGGCGGCGGAAAUAAUAACAACAACAACGGUAGUUUAAGACGCUGUCACUGAUAUACGCUCAAGGGCGAUUGGUGUGGCACAAGCCGCAGCGCCUAUUACGAGAAAUUCGAUUAUGCAUACGAACAUCCGGCUGCGACGGCGAAUAGGAACAGCUUCGAGAUGUGCACGUUUGUGAGGCCAUAAAGGGUGGGGAGGGUGGAUAGAAGAGUAGGAGAGGAGAGUUGAGAGAAGAGAAGGAGAGCAAGAGAGUUACUGUGGACUAACGAGCAAGAGACUAACAAUAAAGGAAGUUUGAAUAGACCCGAAAACUAUAAGAAAAAGUAUUAGCGAAAGUAGAAAAGCGUAGAGUGCGGAAUAAUAAAUCAAAAACUCGUAACAUUUACUCGGCUUUCAGUAGGAGCAAUAAUAAAAUUCUAGAAGACUCAGAAAAAUAUUUGACUACUGGCUCUCAAGCCGACUACUGGGACUACGUAUAGAAAAUAUCGAAGAAAAAAAAAAGUUGAGGUUUACCUGGAUACAUAUACUAAUACACUGUCGUGAAAUUGAAUGGUCUUUGCAAAAAAAAAAACGGGAAGUAUGAGCUAAUGGCGUAAAUCUCUACUGCGUAGAGAGUAAUUUUCCGCUUAUUUUGUAUGGGUGCAUCAGAAACUAUCUCCUUUACAAUAUUUUCAAGUGAUAUCCGUAAGCAGUUUCGGUCAGACUUUAAAAAAAGCUUUUGGGUGCGAGGCUUUCUAUAAGUCCGAUAAUGAUUAAACCCUUGAGCGCUUUGAGGAAAAUAUUCUGACCACAGUGAGACAGGCCACUUUUGUGAACUGAUAAAAUAAAUAGUUUGUACAGAAACAAGUUGGCAUUCAGACGAAGAAAAAAAAACACUUAUUGUUCAAUAUUUUUUACGAUUUUCUUAUAACUAAGAGUGCAUUCACACAUAAAGCCGAGCGGCGCCGCGAGCAAAGCAAGGUGGAAUAUGGCUAAGCUGCUGGUGUUCACACUGAACGAAGCUUUUCUGAUGGACUCGGCUGCAAAGAUACCAUAAAAAUGGCCCUCAAUGAAAAGCGGAAAAAAUAUUUGCUAAAUUUUAUUCAAAAUAUUGGUUGUAAAAUUUGUUUUUCUUGGAAUAUUUUGAUAUCAUGUUUGCAUCAGCGUUAAAAGGCUAAAAAAUUAAAUAGAAAAUUCAAAAUCAAAAACUGCUUUACUUUCAGCUCAAAAACGUUUUUGAAAAAGCUUGCUGUAUGAGCACUAUCAUAUAGCUACCGCAAUUUGACAGCUUCACUCAGCUCGGAACGGCCUCGCUCCGCUCGGCUCCGCUUGCUGUAUGAACGUACCCUUAGAAACUGAAACUGGGCAUACAGAGUAAAAGAUCUCUCUGGUCGCCUCUGAUAUAAAAUCCGUAGAAGUAAAUUCAGCAGCUUUCUUCGCCCUAGUUGCUCUGCUGCAUUACUUGCUCUAAGUUUUACAUUACCGUUUAGUAUUUUAUAGCGUUUUCUUUUCUAAGAAUAAGUUUUGGCCUUUUAUAUAGGAGCUCUUGCUUUACAUUGCCCUGACGCCUAAGAAAAUGUUGCGCUUUUUAUAUGAGAAUGAAACAGAAAAUAUGAUACUCCAUCACAAGUUCAUUUAUAGAACUGAAUAGAACUGAAUUUUUCACUUGCACUGUGGGCAUUUAAUUAAUUUCAUAGGAAAGCCCUUAUUUCGGAUACGAAAAAUUAUUUUAUUUUUACAAGCGUAAAUUAAAAAUCAACCGUUCAACUCUCACCCUCACCCGGAUCAAGAGAACAUGACGCCCUGUGCAAGGGCUGAGAAAAGAACAUGAAAAUUUGACAGCACUUACUCAGGGCAGAAUAAGUGCAGCCUUUUUUUGUCGAGAAUAGAAAACGCCAUUAGUAUCUACGUAUUUCAUGUUACGAUCAUCUUAAUCCUCAUAAUACAGACAUGUUUGAAGUUUUGACUUACUUCUUGCGCUCAUAUCGAAUUUAGAGCUUUGCUGUGCUUCGAAAUUUAUAGUGGAAUUUUAUGAUAAAUAUUUUUGUGACACAUUUUAACCACGUUUUAUAUGUAAGUUUUAAGCUUUGCCCCGAAGAGAGAAAAAAGGCACAUCUACUGAGUAGUUAGAGGGUUAAAAUGUUC